AUGGCUUUCAUAAAGAAUACAAUUGAGAGCGCCAUUGUGGGCUCCAUUGCAGAGUGCACUUCGGCAGGGGAGUUGCUUGCAAAGAUAAAGAGCCAGUUCACUGGCUCUUCAAAGAUCUAUGCCACCCAGGUGUUAGAGCAACUGGUGACAGAACGCUACACAGGUGGUAGUCGUGGAAUAAGAGAGCACAUCCUCAGGAUGAGUAAUAUGGCAGCAAAGCUCAAGCCCAUGGAUGCGGAUCUGGAGAUCAAACCAGCGCUCCUGGUCCACCUGGUCAUGGCUUCACUGCCACAGGAGUUUGCAACUUUUGUUGUAAACUAUAAUAUGUCACCUGGAACAUGGGACAUUGAAAAGACAAUAGCAAUGUGUGUCCAAGAAGAGGACAGACUCAAAGCCACACAUGGUGGCUCAAUCAACUAUGUGAAGGAUUGGAAGAAAAAGAACUACAAUCAAAACAACAAAAGUUCUCCUUCAAAGAAUGGAAAAGCCCCCUAUCAGCAUCAGCAUCAGCAACAACCUUUCUCAGUGGACAAAGACACGUGUCUCCACUGCAAGCAGAAAGGGCAUUACAAGAAAGACUGCGCUGCUUGGCUGAAGUCAGUCAUGGCAAAAAGAGGGAUUCCAUUCGACGCGAACUACGCUAAGAAGCGAAAGACGCAUUGAAGUGACAAACGGAGUUGAAGCAGAAGUUGAAGAUGUCGGUGAUAUCUCCUUGGAGUUAGCUGGCGGAUUCAAUCUUCUACUUAGAGAUGUUUUAUUUGUUCCGUCAUGUCAUAGAAACUUAAUUAGUGUUUCUUGUUUGGACAAAGAUAAUUAUGAAUGUCAUUUUGGACAUGGCAAGUGUGCCAUUUGGUAUAAUAAUGCUUAUGUGGGUGAUGCUUUACUACAUGAUGAGCUUUA